UGCUUGUUGAUUCCUUGCCUUAUUUCCAGUUCGGAUUAGUUUUCCUGCCUCUCAAGUACCAAGAUGAAUGUAGCAAGGUUUUCUUCACUGUCCUCUUACGGUGGCCCCGUGUACAGCCAUUCCGUGCGGAGGUCUGUGCCCAUGCAGUCCAGUGCGAGCAGCGUUAGUGGCCUCGGCUCCCGGUUAUCAGUGACCCGGGUCUCUAGCACCUACAGCCGUCCCGGCGGCUACGGCAGUGUCGCCGGCAUGGCUGGCGCUACCGUCGGGGGUAUUUCCAACCAAAAGGAGACCAUGCAAGACCUGAACGACCGGCUGGCUAGCUACCUGGAUAAGGUGCGUAACCUGGAAAGUGCCAAUGCCGAGCUGGAACACCAGAUCAAGGAACACAUGGAUGCUAAAGGACCCAGCACACGCGACUUGAGCGCCUACGAGAAACCGUUGAACGAUCUUCGCAAAGAGGUCUUUGAUAUGACGGUGGACAACGCUCGUUUGAUACUUCAGAUCGACAACGCUCGGCUGGCCGCGGACGACUUCAGAGUGAAGUGGGAGUCAGAGCUCGCUAUCAGACAGUCCGUGGAGAACGACAUCAACGGAUUGCGCAGAGUCAUCGACGACACCAACAUUGGGCGCCUGCACCUGGAGACCGAGAUCGAAUCUCUGAAGGAGGAACUCAUCUAUAUCAGGAAGAACCAUGAGGAGGAAAUCAAAGCCCUCCGCUCCCAGGUCAGUGACUCCAGCGUGCAGGUUGAAGUGGACUCUCCUCGGGGCCCAGAUCUGACUAAGAUUAUUUCCGAGAUCAGGGAGCAAUACGAGAAAGUUGCUCAGAAAAACAAAGAUGAUGCGGAAAAUUGGUUCAAGGUCCAGAUGGAGACCCAUACAGUUGAAGCCCAACAGAAUAAUGAUGCUCUUGAAGGUGCAAGGGGCCAAGUCAGUGAACUGCGUCGCCAGAUCCAGUCUCUGGAUGUUGAUCUGCAGAGUCUUCUGAGCAUUAAAAACUCACUGGAAGGCACUCUCAGGGAUACAGAACAAAGAAACGAGAUGGAACUGCAGAAAUUAAAUGGCAUAAUUGCUUCUCUGGAGUCUGAUUUGAUGCAGCUUCAUAAUGAAAUGCAGGCCCAUACCGAGCAGUAUAAGAAUCUCCUGGACAUAAAGAUGAAGCUGGAGGCUGAAAUAGCAACAUACAGACGUCUGCUGGAUGGAGAGGAUGUCAGUGGCCUUGUUGAAUCAACAAAAGGUGCUUCAUCACAAACUAUCAAGAAGAUAACCACUCAGAAGAUGACUGACGGCAAGGUGGUGUUGGAGAGUGAGUUGGUCCAGAUGAAGUGAUGACAUGAAGUCACAUCCACCUUCCAUUGCCAUGACAGCAUCAGUUUAACCACAUGUAACCAAUUGUAAUUUCUUGAUAACUUGGCUAAAUAAAGAUAUGGCAUAACU